AAAAAAGAUGGCGACGGGACCACGACCUUGGCUUAUAACGUUCUGUAUAACGUUAAUCUACGUGAAAAGAACGUGUCCUAAAAUAGUAGAAGGAACUAUAGACACGAAAGAAGUAAGUCCACUCAAUGACAAGAUUGGUGUAUUGUGGAACCUCAAAUUAAAUUCAAGAUUGGAACGCGCGCGUUCGAGCGAUCGUGGGGUUUCGCUAAUUGCUCCGCUUUCCUUUGAAUUUUUCUAGGAUUGGAGUUUUUUGACGAGAUUUUGUUACAAAGAUUCAAUUGGAGAAAUUAUAUAUCAUUUUGAAUACCCAGAGGUAAGUUCUCGAUGGAUGAAUUGUUUGAAUGUUGUUGAUCAGGAUACCACAAAUAUCGUCGAAGUAUUGUCGUUUGAAGUCGCAUGCUGCUUCUCCUUAUAUUGCGAGUGUAGUGAGACCUGUUUGUUCAUGCUCCAGCUUAUAUGUUUUUUUCUUGCAGUCUUAUGCUACACAGAAUAUUUUUCUUUACUUCGACACUCAGUGGCCUAGAGUGUACCCUAAACCUGAAAUGGUAAGCUUUUUCUUGUAUUUACCUAAAAACAUACGCUAGCUAGUGACGCAAUUUCUCCUCCUUUCUCAAAUUUAACUCAUUGUAUGUAGUCGAAAACUGGUGAUCUAUUCAUUUUGUUGUUUUUAUAAGUCACGAGAAAGAGUAAUUUUUAUAUCUACGGGAGUGAGUAAUAAAACAGGUAAUUAUUUUCACAACUAGUUUUGACGUCAAUCGCAGAUCAUUACAUUUGUUGGUCAUUACUCAGCAAAUUUAUUACGUUACAUGCAGUUAGAAUAUUGGAAGGGUAUUUUGAAUGCCUUGAUUCUAAUAAUGUUAGAAUUUGCGAUGACAAUUCUUUAUAAGAUAGACAACAGGACAAAUCAUGUAUAAUUAUAACAGUUUCCUUAUGUAUUUUUAUGGUGAAAAGCACGAUUUCUUUCCUUUGUAUUUGACAGUAAUACCAUAUUUCCUCAUUCAAAACAGGAAGCGAAAAUAGAAAGCUGUAUUUCAUGUUGUUGUUGCAAAAACAAAAAUAAUGAAAACUGUAUGUAUUGACUCUUAGGUGCCAAAGUAUUUUAAUACACAUUGAAGAAAACUGCUAAAAUCAACCAAAAUUGGUAGAAUCACUAUCGCGGCUGUUUGGUUUCAUAAACAGGUGUUUGUUUUGAUCUUGAAAACAGGCCCAAUAAAAGUGGCCAAAUAUAAGGAACAUGCUUUGCUGACUCGCUGGAUCAAAUAAAAUUUUGGGAAAGUAUUUUCUUUUCUACUUUUAUGGUAUGAUACAGCUGAAAAUUUUUGUGGAACCUUUAAAGGUGCUCUGUCAACAGAACACUUAGUGUACAUUGCAUUAACUUCAUGGACCUUUCAAGUACUCAGUUUGCAGUUUACACAGAAUGAUAGAAAACCCUUAUUACUCUGAGAAUGUGGUAUUGGAUCAACUGAUAAUCUCUCAUGGAUAUUUUUCUUUAUUCUCAUCACUUGUUCACCUAAUGUUGUUUUGGUAUUCUAAAGAGAAAUUCUGUAUUGGUCACUCACAGGAGUUCAAGAUAUAACAAUAAUCUGGUAUUUACAAAUAUUUUGAGUAGAGAUAGUGGACUAAUGUACUUGUAAAUCUAAUAAACCAUGAGGUAACUAGUUACAGCCUCAUGCUUGGUACCUCAAGAUCCUUUUUUUUUUUCAGGACCAGGACACUUCUCUUUUUGCUAAAAGAAUCUUGAUCUUAUCAUUUCCUCUGGAGAAAACAAAUGUGAUACUGUAUUCUGUAGCAGGGUUUGAGCCAGGCCGCGCCAUUGCGCCAAUCCCGCACUGCAAUUUAAAUUGUCCCUUAAAAAAAUGGUCAAGGGGACAAUUUGUCCCUUUCAAAAUUUAGGGGAAAAACUUGAAAGGAAGCACACUCGAAGAGUUUUAUCUCGGUACAGAAAUUGCAAGCUAAAACAGAACGUGGAAAGUAUAUUUUCUUGCGCGUUUAAAGUUCAUUCUAAAGUCACCUUUCAGUCACACUUUACUGAACACAUACGUCUCAUGCUCAACCAAGUGUGGUGAAUGCAUGCGGCAAUCUUUACUACACUUUUCACAAACAUGCGAACUCAAAAGUUCAAAAGCCGCCUUCACAAUUACGUUUUUCGCUGCCCUCAAUCAUAAUUACGAUCACAAGCAACGAACCUUGAAACACAGAAACACACGAAACGGAUUGAAAUCCACCAAUCACAAAUCACAAACCAUGACCUUUUGAACCCGUGAAAGUAAAGUUUUGUUUCCUAAGAGUUCUGUUGAGAUGAUUGACGGCAGCGAAAAACGCAAUCGUCAGUUGGCUUUUGAACUUCAAAAUUCGCAUGUUUGUGAAAAGCGCAGUAACAUGUCACAUCAAAAACGUGUUCGAACAUUAGAAAGCUUUUUCGCUCGCAAUCGAAGCCAGAGUGAAUCAGAGAAAAAUGAUACAGAAGAAGAACAGUGUAUUAAUCAGGAAGAAACGAAUGAGGAUCGAAGGAAACCGAAAAAAUCACGAACUUUCCUGAAAACUUGGUUGCGAGAUCACACAUGGUUGCGCUAUGAAAAAGAAGCGAUGUUCUGCUAUUUUUGUCGGAAAUCUAAGAAGACAAACCCCUUUGCAACGGCAGAAGGGUGUACAAAUUUUAGAACCUCAACUCUGCAGCAACUCUUUUCUACAGCCCUUGAUGUUUGGGCUAGAACCAACUGAAGAAUUAGUACAUUUACGUUUACCAGUGAUUAAGAAAGGAAUUGGAGUUUAUAAGGCGAUGCCGGGACGAGAUUCUGCUGUGUAAUGUUUUGAAGUAUAAAGCAUAGUCAUUGAUCCUCUGUUUAAAUAUGACGAGAAAAAGAAAUUUGACAUCAAUAACAACUUUUCUUUUUUGCAUCACUUUUCUUGUAUUACAAGUCUUACAAGGAUCAGGUAAAAAAAAUGUUUUUGUCGGCUUGCCUGUAUGAAUGUAAAAAAAGAAAAUGUCAAAUAAAAAUUAAUUUGUCUGUCCCCCUAAAAAUGAAAAUGUCCUCCAAAAUUUUUGCUUAGGGGACAAAUUGUCCCCCAGUGAUCAAAUACUAGCUCAAACCCUGCUGUAGCUUUCUUAAUUUGUGUCUGUAAAACAGAGGAGUCCUGAGAUAGGGAAGACAAUUUGUGGUUUAAAGCAAAAAAAACUCAGAAUAAUAUGCCAGGUGCCUCUACAAGCUUUGUAAAGGAUGUAAACUCUUUUUUUUCCUGAGAUCUGUUUACUAAUUUUACUCACUGUCUGCUACACAAUUCUUGUGAUGUUAGAUCUGAGAAUGUGGUAUUGGAUAACUGAUAAUCCCUCACUGAUAUUUUCUUUAUUCUCAUCAAUUGUCUGCUUGAAGUUGCUGUGAUAUUGUAGGGAGAAAUUAUUUCUUUGUCACUUAUAGGAGUUGAAGAUAUAACAACAAUCUGGUAUAUGAAUAUUUUGAGUAGAGCUAGUGGACCAAUAUACUUGUAAUUCUAAUAAACCUUGAGGUUGCAGUCUCAUGCAUGGAACCUCAAAAUUCUUUUUUUUUCGUUCAAAACUUGGACUGUUAAUGACAGGUUUAUCCUUGGCCAUUGAAUUAUUUUCAUGCAGAAGGAACCUUCCAGGCACAUACUUUCACCAAUUUCAAUAAUAACUCCUCGUGAAUUAAGGGCAACUGACCAUGAAUAUUGAGAAUCUGUUGACAGUUGUACAAUUUUGUAAUUCAUUUUAUUUUUCUUAAAGGACCCUUUUGAUGAACCUUUUUCAAAAUUAUAUGGAAAAGUUCUAUCAUGCUGAUGAGCCUUUUUUUUAAAAAUUCUGUUGAAAAGUUCUAUUGCACUUUUAUUUCUCCAAAAACUUGAAAAGUUAAAAAAAAUUUCAACUGAUCAGAAAAUUCAAAGCUGCAGGGUCCUAAACAGACAAUGCAUAAAAUGGUAUUAGUAGAGCAGAGUUCAGAGUAGUAAAUAUAUUUUAAGUAAAUGGAAGAAAGGUUUUGAAAUUGUGUUCUCCUGAACAUACAGGUGUUUUUCCUUACUUUAAAGAUCAGACACAACAUUUAAUCAUAAAAAGUCUAUUUCAUCUUUGGAUGGUUGUCACAAAGUGAGCUGGGUGAGGAGAAAAAUAUUUCAAAAUACUCAGUCAUGGUUUAAGUGCACUUCUGGGCUCUAUUUAAUGCCUGAAAUAGAGAUUGUAUUCAACUUAUUGACGUUUUCCUUUUUUUCUUCUUGUUUUGAAGCUGGGAGCAAAACAAAAAACAUGUUUAGUAAUCAUGUUCUCCCCUUGCCACAUUAAACAGAAUCAACACAUAAACAAAUGUAUGCAAGGCUUAUCUUUUGAUAAUAUAGUCUUGAAGGAGCUGCAUACAAAUAUUGAUAGAAAAUAUAAAAAAAAAAUGAAAAUUGCCAAAGAAACACAAAGUCUUAGCAGUACUUGAAAAGGGACAUGCUUGAACUUGAUUUAAAAGUAUUAGCCCAAUUUGUUUCAUUCUAGAAACAAUGAGACCUAGAAUAAAGUUGAGCUUCUAGUACAAAAGUUUGUAUAUGUAAUAAGGGCAAUAAACAGCAUGUGGUAAUUGCUUUCUUUCUAAUAGCUUUGAAAUUGGAAAUUUAAGAUAGUUCUCUGUAUUUUAUUAAAUCUUGAAGUAUCAUAGCUAAGAGUAAUUUUGUUUUUUUAUUAAAAUCCUCAAUUGUCAUUCAGUGACCUCCUUUUCCAAAAAGUGCAAUAAUUGAUAGGAAAGCUUUUAGGCUCUGGAACACAAUUUUAAUUUAUUGUUCUUUUCUCAAGACUGUUGACAAAUUUCAGCAGUUGUUGAUUAAUGAAAAGCAACCUUCAUUGCAAGGCAUUCAAAUAGAGACUCUGACUUAAAAAAUAUUAGAAUACAAUGAAAGACAUUUUUUGGAAAAUUUAGGGUAUUAAAAAUAACUUUCCUUUUUUCCCUUAAGUUAUGUGGGAUUCUGUCAGUUCUUUGAAAAAAAUACAAAGUAAUAUACCUAAAUGAGAUUUUCACUUGUGGCUGUUAAAUUGAAUUAUGUAAAUUCAAACCCAUGACUACAACCUUUCAACCAAGGUGUUAGGUCUUCAAGUCCAUAAGAAUCAAUUAAAUUGCAAGCUUGCUCAUGAAAAAUAUAUUUAAAAACAAACCUAUCUUAAAUUGAAAUGGAUUUAAUUUUAAAAAAGGUAAAGUCUUAGUUCAGUUAAAUGAGGAACCUUUGUCAUCUACUUAUUUAUUUCAUGUGUGAAACCAAUAUUUACAACCUGCCAAAUGGUAUUGUUUUGUAAAUGCAGUGCUCAGUGCUAUCAGCAAUUAGGAAACAGGUGUCUUUUUGCUGAACUGUUUUGGAGUUUUUACACAUCAUAUAUUAAGGGAUGGGAAAAUAGUGGCUUAGAUUUACUACUUUUUGGAUGCUAGUAUUCAGGAAUUUACUCUUUUCCCAGAACCAGAAAAUCAAGAAUAUGGAAUAGAUCUACAUGUCUGAGACAAUAACUUUUGAACCAUAACAGUCAAUAAGUCACAAAGUGCUCCUAUGAGGGAACAGGAUCUUAUACUCAGAAUAGUAAUGAGGACCCAAAUGCACCAAUGACAGCAGGCCAUAACCCAGUAAUAAUGUCAAACAAAGGUGCUAAAAUAGCAAAACAUAAACUUUCCAGCUUGUUCCCUGAUGAAAGACAAGUAGUAUAGCAGUCAAAACCUUGCGAGCAAUACAUGAUUGAUUAGCCUGGCUCUUACAUUGUGAGAUUUCAUUCACCUAUAACACCACAAUGAAUAUCAACACUUAAUAUAACUUUUGAUGCCUUUCUGAGAUCCAUGUCGGCUUGGUUAAUUUAGGAACUUUUUCCUCUCUUUCCACAAAUUAAUUAGGCAUAAAAAUGUGACAUAGCAGUUCUUUCUGUGUUUAAUGCAUUUUGAUAUGUAACAACAAUUACUCCAGACAUCAAGUAACAAAUUUUAAAUUAAAAUUCAAUAAGUUAGUAUUUACCAUUUAACUUCAGUCAGCUGCCUUUAACAAGAUUGGUAGGUCUUUGAUUUUGAGGACUUUUAACAUUCUUACUGGUAUUAACCUGUGAGCAACAUAUAUAGUAGGGAGUGUUUUGAUCCUCAAAAGUUAUUAUUUGUAGUUAGUUAAGCAUUUUAACCUUGCCUUAGGCCUGUGGACUUGAGUUCAAUAAUUUUCACAAUUAUUAAAUAAUUGAUGUAUUAUUGAUAUUAUUGUUAUUAUUAUUAUUAUUAUUAUUAUUAUUAUUAUUAAUACAUUAUUGUUAUCAUAUGAAUCUUAAGCAUUUUUCGGGUGGUGGGGUAAAUUGUGAAAUUUUUAUUAAACUUCCUUUUCACAGAGUAUGCUUCGAAUCACUUUGAAUAAGGCCAGUGUAAACUUUUAAUUGUGCCUAAAUAUAACUUUGCAUGUAUGUAUUUUCAGCCAUAUCUCAGAUUUAUUUAUUGUAUUAAUUAUGGUAUGGAUUCCAGGCUGUUUGACCUUUGGGUGUUUCAAUCUUUAAGAAAUUUUGAGGAAGAUAUGAAAAAAUAAUUAAAUUUUGCUCAUCACUGACAAUAAAUGUUUGUUCAACAGCCUUGUUUAGAUAAAGAAGACAAGGUGUACAGAGGGAAUAACCAAGUUAUAAACCUUACAACCAGUUACGUGUGGUCUGGAUGUAAAAAGAAAGAUUUGGAUAAUGAAUCUUACUUAGAGUGCACUGGUAAGAAUAACACAGUGAAAGCUAUGAUAUCUCUUUAACCCCUAAAAGGGCCUGGCAUCUAAUUUCUCCUGACAAAAAAACAUCAAAGUCAUGAGACUAAGGAAAAUUAUCAGCAACUAAAGAAGCUCUUGAUUGUUAAACAAAUUCUCUUUUUCAUAACCUUUAGAAAUACAUAGAGAAAGUAAAGAGAAUACACAUACUGAUGUUAGGGUGUAAAGGGAUACGCAACAACAUUAGUUUACUUAUCAAAUCUGCAUUUACCACUUUUAAGGAAGAACAAAGUAUUUUAUAGAUGGAGUUUCAGAAGAACUACAUUUCACUGCAACACCUCCUUUGCCCUAUUCACUGUUAGAUUUUCAUAGCAAACACAGUUAUACAUUGUUUAACUAUUUAAACUCUAAAAGUGAUUAGCAUCUAAUUUCUCUUUACAAUAUCACCCCUGAAUCAUACAAUAGGGUCAUCAGAAUAAAGGAAAUUAUCACCUAAUAGGAAGCUCUUGAUUGUUAAACAAAUUCUCCUUGCCAGCACCUCAAGAAAUGUGUAGAGAACACUAUGGAGAAUAUGCAUGCCGUUAUUUGGGUGUAAAGGGUUAAAGGGAAGGGUGGGUUAAAGGAUUGGUCUCAGGGACAAAAUUGGUGAGGUAUUCCAAAGUAUUGUGAUAUCAGUGGCAGUGUAUCAACAGUUUUUGUUGUAGAUCUAAACAAAAACACUUCUUAGGAAAAAACACGAAAUACUUGGUAACACCACUUGGAUCAGUUCUAACGAUGAUGAAAAUUUCCUACUUGACUUUUUAAACCUCUAAGAGUGACUAGCAUUUAAUUUCUCCACACAUUAUCACUGCUGAAUUACACAUAAAGGUCACAGGAAUAAAGGAAAUGACCACAUGACCACUAACAAAAGAAGCUCUGGAUUUCUAAAGAAAUUCUUCUUGUCAGUUCCAUAGGGAAUGUAUAGAGAAGAGCAUGGAGAAAAUACAUACUGAUGUUAGGGUGUAAAAAGGAUUAAACUAGCAAAAUGUGGAUUAACUAGAGCAUGUAUUGGGUCAGUUUCUUUUCAUACCAAAAACCACAAAAUUGUAAAAAAGUCCCUUGUGAAUAUGUGCCAGUUCAUUAUUAUAAGUGACCAAAUCCAUAAAUCAACUGCAAAUUGGCUAUUUAAGACUGGGUUGAAUUUUUAAGAACACUCUACAUAUCACUUUUUAAACUUUUUUAUUGCAGGAGAUAGGCGUUUUGUAUCUUCUCGUGAGAGAUGGUGGUAUUUAGCUGUAAGCAACUGCAAGUCUACUAAGGUAGGCAUUUUUAUUGUUUGCAUUUAUCAAAGCCUCUUUACAGGCUUUCAAAAUAUAGCUUUGUGGAUGAUGUUUUGUGCUUUUAGAGAUAUAAAUAGGUACACAUUGUAUUGCUUUAAGAGGAGUCACAGUGCACAGUAUUUUGUUGUUUUGAUUGGAAUGUAGAAUUGUUGUAAUUUAAAAUAAAAAUGAUUGUCCUUGUGAAAUGGAGAAUUUUGUUGCCCUUGGGAGUUUGAGUUAACUGGGACCUAUUGUAAUUGAAUUCUAAAAGAUAACUUUUUCACCAAAACUUUGAUGAUCUAAAAGUCAUGAGACUGAUUAAAUUUUGACUUCUUUUUAGGGACUGCUGUUGAAGUACAGAUUAGAAAUGACAAAUGGAGAUACAUUUUGGAAAAAGCAUUUCUCUGCAGACGAAAGAUGUAUGUACAUGUACAAUAGACAAUCAUUCAAUAAUUUCCAUGUUAAAAAUUUAUCAAUUAAAUUAUAAAAAUUGGUCCAUGCUUAAUAUGCAUAUAUAUGUAAAGUUAUGGUUGCACAAACACAGGAGAAGCCUCUUGAGUGCUCCAAACUUCCCAAGUGUAUCCAUAACUCAAUAUUCACACAGCUAAAGCAUGAACCAAUUUUGUUUUAACAUAGUGUACAGACACAAGUUGUAGGUAGGCCUUGUGCAUGCACUAUGUUACAAUUAAAAUUGAUAAUUUUUUAUUAGACUAAAGGAAUCAAACAACAGAUAUUAAUGAUCACUUACAGUAACAAUUAGUAAUUAUAUUAAGUAUUUUGCAUGGUAACCAACUUAUUGACAGUUUAACAUUUUUAAAUUGUUUCCUUUCCAUUUCUUUUCCAGUCAUUCUUCCAAUGGACAUAGCAUUUUUUAUUAUAUUUACCAGUUUGUGGUUUCUUGGCAUCUAUGUAGCAUGUAAGAAACUUUAAUUAACUUAUUAGUUUACUCUUUUUUGACCGUGUAAUCAGUACCUCAAAUCAUUACUUUCAAGUAUGUGUGAGAUUUAUAUUAUGAAAUAUUUCUGUGUUACUGAUGGUUAUAUACUGGUUAUAUUUUCCUUUUUUGUUCUAAAUAACUCUUGUAUUGCAUUUAAUUGGCAUGGCUUUGGGGAGCUUUCUCGUCUGGUUUUUGAAACCAAAACUGAAGAAACGUGAGCUGCCAAUUAGAGCAAAUAAAUUAUUACAAUAAGAAUUAGUGUAGCAUCUGAUUGUUUGGUUGAUUGAUUAGGGCAAUCAGACAUGGUUUAUCAAUGCUGACCUGAUGGCAGCUUACUACCUGACACCUAUUUACACCUCGUCAGAGAAAAGGGUAGCUAAUUAGUGAGCAUAUAAAAGAACCUGUUGUGGUACAGGAGUGUCGAAACGUUGGGUCUUUGAAUUGUAACUUCUUGGUUACAUUCAUUAAAUCUUUAAACCAGAGUAGCAUCAAACCAUGUCUGAUUGUCCACCUGGGUGCCCUGUUAACUUUAGUAUAUCUGAUUUGGGCAAGUUUUCAGGGGCAAUCACAAAUUGUAGGAAAGCAAAACUAGUGCAGUUGUGGAUUACACUGGAUAUAAAAGAUAUUAUGACUUAAUGAUAACAAUGACAGAAAUGAUGUAAUUGCAAUUGGUAAUAGUUCUUUUGUACUGCAGGUCUACUAACUUCUCGAAGAUUAUUUCACUUCUCAUACAAAUUAUAUUUGUGUUCCCUGACAUUUGAAGGUAAUUAAAGUUUUGUAAGUUGACUUAGAAAACACAGUCAUUGACUUUUAUUAAUAGUUAAUUCUCUUCUCACCAAUCAGUAAUUCUCAAGAGAAUCUAGAAUUUAAAUGUAUAUUCAAGGUUGUGUUUCAUCAUGGGAGGUCUUCAAUGACACAAAUUUUCAAAAAGUUUGCUCUAUUAGCAAUAGGCUGGUAAUUAUUAAAAAAAAAAAAAAGGAAAAACACCAGAGCAGUGACAUAACAUGUUGAAGUGCACAAUACGAGCAACCUUUGGAUGGAUGCUAACACAUUUUGAAAGUGGGCAACCUUAGGAUGAAUGCUAACACAUUUUGAAAGUGGGCAACCUUAGGAUGGAUGCUAACACAUUUUGAAAGUGGGCAACCAUAGGAUGGAUGCUAACACAUUUUGAAAGUGGAGAUGGUUCGUGUAUUCCACAAUUUAGUAGUAUACAUUAGUUGAUUAGCAUUUAUAAUUUAACUGACUUAAAUUUCUUAUUUUCUUAUGUACAGUGCUUAGCUUGAUAUUCUACCUAAUAUAUUACAUUGAGUAUGGAAAAAAAGGAAUUGAAAAAUAUGGAAUUUCAGUAGUAGGUAAGUAAGUUGUGUUUGUGGAAACAUUUGAACAUUUGCUCGGUGUAAUUCAAAGAAGAGAGAAUCCUUGAAAAUGUUGGUAAAUUUGCUUAAACUGUAAAUGUUAAUUAACAAAACAACUGUUUGAGUACUUGAUAUAUGCAGGCAAUAUGAUCCUCUUCUACUUUAUUCAAACCCUAGAAUAACUAUGCUGCAACACUUUCAUCUUGACUAGGAAAAAGGAAUCUAAAAUGGGCAGUGCUGGAUUAGAUUUACUGAGGAUUAAAAAUUUUGGACAUAUUGAUUUGAUGAGAUAUUUACAUAUAUAUUUUUUUUUUAAUCACAGGGCGUGCCUUUCAUUUCACUUCUCAUGUUGUAUUCCUAAUAAUGCUUAUUUUGAUGGCCAAAGGAUGGACAGUGACAAGGUAUUGCUGAAGUACAUUAACCUUAAAAAAAGUUGGUGUCAAAUUGAGUAACCUAAAUUUAAAUUGCUGUCAGGUGACCAUUUGGCAACCAAUUUAGUCACUUAGAAUAGGUAAAUUUUCAGAUAGCCUUGUUAAUAGUGACAACCACCCUUGAAAUUAAAAUGGAGGAAAAGGCAGUGCUUUCAACAAUAUUGGAAGAAGGUGGCUGCCUUGGUAAAUCACCCCCAGAUAAUAAUAUGAAAUACAAUUUCCCUCUUUUUAUUCCAUUUCUUCUAUUCAGAAUAAACUGGCUUCAGAUGAAGUCUGCUGUGUUAAACCUCCAUAGAUGAUCAUUUCACAUUUGUCUCCUUUGUAAAAGUUGUAUAACUAAUCAUUUUAACUCUAAAUAAAUCUUACAUUUGCUUACAUGCAAACUGCUUCCCGAGUUUCACACAAAAAGUCCUCUGAGAGGACAUAUGGUUAUUGGUUAUAGAAAUGUUGGGUCAGUAUGUUCUUGAAAACUCAACAACUUUUUUUUUUUUGCCGAAAAUGUUUGAAAUGUAUGCUAGAAUAUAUGAUAAGACAGUAUCAAUAAUUUUUAUCAAAACUUGUCUGCAAAGGAAAAAGAACUGAAGAAACUCUGGAAGAAUUUCAAGUGUUUUAGGUUUUAAGCUUCCAAAGUAUACCCAGCAAUUCACAACAUAAUACCUCUCAGAGCUCUAAUAGGUGCCAGAUCCUUAUGAAAGCACUGAAAGGGUGACAAGACUUUCUUGGUUUCCCCUAUCUAACAUGAAAUUUAAAUUUACUUCUAUGUGAGAGAUUAAGCAAACUGUAAGGGAGACCGGGAGAUUUGCUUUGUAUCAUAGAUACAUGAGUUGACAGACAUCUUUCUUAGAAAGAGAAUGUAACUGACCUCACUGGACUGAAUCAUUUGUUUGCAGAGGACGUAUCAGUUCUUCUGGUCAGAUCAAGCUCAGUAUCUUUGGCACAGUGUACACAGUGUGUUUUGCCAUCCUUUUCUUCUAUGAAGUUGCUGUAAGUGGAAUAUGAUGAAAUAAGUGGCAACAUGUCCCUCUAAAUUCUGCUUUUAGGACCUAAAAGUACCCAGUGGUCUAUCAAAUGGUACAGGUAACAGUUGUGAUAAAAAAAAAGUUUCAAAAUGCAAGCUAGAAUUGCAUAAAAGUCCAAUUCUUAUCACAGCUGUAUUCUAGUAUCAGAGGUACCAUUAUUUGUUAUUUUCCCUGCUAAAACUUCCCUAUGAGAAGUGGGAGGAACCAAAGCUCAAUAGACAUGAGCCUGUAUUGCAAAAAGGAAGAGUGUUCAUGAAGUUGUCGUUACACACUCAAGAUCAUUAGAGAAAGAUGUCGCAUGGAUUUGGCAGGAGAGAUUUGAUGUCUGAUGGAGCCGAAAUAUUUACAAAUGUAGUUCCCCUUUAUCAAUUUCCCUAGGGGAUUGCUCAUCUCACCCAACCCAACCCACCACCAACCCUUCUAGAAGAGAAAUAGAAUGCAUCUUUCUUAAGCCUUUACACCCUAACAUCAAUAUGCAUAAUCUAUACUGUCCUCUAUACAUUUCCUAAGGUGCUGAUAAGGAGAAUUUGUUUAAUAAUCAAGAGCUUUUUUAAUUGGUGAUCAUUUCCUUUAUUAUCAUGACCUAAAUGUGUGAUUUGCGGAUGAUAUUGUAAGGAGAAAUUAGGUGCUAAUCACUCUUAGGGGUUAAAGGGUUAAGACAGGGAGAUUUUGAUUUCAGCUUCAUAUUACAGCUCAAUAUCUUUGCACAGGGUGAGAAAUGAUCAACAAAAGAUUUGAUGAAAUACUUGUAAGGUUACAAUUAGAUAACAAAAUAAUUUUAAUAAUAAAUUUGUGUUGGAAUUUAAGGUGUUUGAUCCUGGCAAGGUCCUUUACAUCUAUGAGAGCCCUGCUGGUAUUGGAAUCUGUGUUCUGAGAGUCAUAGUAAGUAUAUGUGUUACACUUUGUUACAGGCCAGCCUCAAAGAAGCAAUUCGUACUCCUCAUUAACAUAUAAUUCAUGUAAUGUUUGGAGAGAGAACUUAUGGGUUAGGUUCAGUGCAAUUUCCUCUAGAUCAUGGCUAUUGAUUGAAAUUAAUAUGUACUUGCUUGUAUUUAAUAUACAUAAAAGAAAUCACUAGUAAUUAAUAGGGUUAAGAAUCUGGCAUAAUUAUCAGUCCAGGAGAGAUAAUUGGUAUAAAUAAUCAAUGAAACGAGAAACAAACUUAAGUUGUGAACUAUAAAAUUAAGGUUUAAAUUUUAAAUAAAUAUGUCCAAGGAUUCUCAGAAACUGUGAUAUCGAUGACUUUCAUACAACUUAAGUUGUUAACCUUAUUGUAACUGUUACUAGGUGCUUAUGUUAAACUUUCCUGGUUUGUUUAUUGUGAUGAAGUUGAUUAUUACUAAUAACUUUCAGGCUUGGUUGUGGUUCUGUUAUGGGACUUUCUUUACACUGAAGCACUAUCCAAACAAAAGCAAUUUUUAUUACCCAUUCUGGAUAAUCUACACAGGAUGGUAAGUUGGAUAGAGUGUUCAAUGACCAAGAGAUGCAUAUCCUCUGAUGUAUUUUGAGAUUGAGUAAUUUUGUUCUCCUUUUGUUCUUUUAAUUGUUUUUUAUUAUUAUUAUUUUUAUUAUUAUUAUUAUUGUUUGCUUGUUUGUUAUAACAAGAACUACAACAAAAAAACAAUAAUUGUGGUAGUAGGUCUCAUGUUAAGUUUGGGUCAUUUGAAAUCUGACAUGGGCCUACCUAAUGUGAUAAAAGUAGGAGCAUGGUUGUUGUAGCACCCCUUAAUAUCAUGCAAAUUGAAUCAGAUCUUCUUACUAAAAGGCAGCAUGUCCCAUCAGCCCUAUAUUUUAAUAAAGGGGGUAAGUUUCUUAAGAAACCGUGCUGCUGUGUUGGUGGGGGAGUAUAACAAGGUAAUUUGGUAUCAUUAACUGAGUUUGCCAUUGUAAAGAUUUUAAAAGCUGACAUUUCAAGCGUUAGUCCUCGGUCAGGGCCAAUGAUAAAGGCUAAUGCUCAAAACAUCAGGUAUUAAAAUCUUUCUGGUGGCAAAUUUAUGUUGUCAACUCGGUUGAUAUUACAAAAUUAGCUUGCCUUGCAUUUUAUACAAGCUUCCACCACUUGCACCUGCUUUUAAAUCCUUCUUCCCCUUCCAGAAUAAAAUUUGUUUCUUCAUCCAUUAAAAAAUUCAUCUCUCUCAGGUUCCUUGCUGGGCCAAUCAUGGUUGUUAUUUCAGCGUAUAGAAUACAAAAAUGGGAAAGGUGAGGAGACAGUGUUGGAUCAUAUCACUAUCAUCUCCUUUGUCUUCUUACAUAUUUCUGAGUGACUCUUAGAUCUCAAUCAUAAUUUAAACUUACUGGUAUUAAGAAAUUAAUCCUUAUUGAGAUAGAUGUACCAGUAGUUGUGUGUGUAAUGGAUUCUCUUUUUUUCAUAUGAGAGGUAAAAUGUAAAGCAUUGGUCAAUAACUGAAAAAAUGUAAAAGUGUCCUUGCAGUGAAAAAAAUGUCUUUUUUCUUCUUGUUUGAGUUUGCUAUUUACUUGGUGAUGAGGUUUCAUGGAACUAUUUUUUUAUUCAGAGCUCAAAUUGUUAACGGAAUUGAUUGGUGCAUCUCUAUUCUGGCACAUGGUGUUUUCUUGGUAAGGAAUCAGUCCAAACUGUUUUGAAUGGUCCUAGAUACCUGUUAAUUUCUAUAUAUGAACAGUGUUUGAAAUAUCUCAGAUAACUGAUUAAAAAUUAAAUAAAGUAAAAGUAUAAAGCUAAUUAAGUUUUCCCAAAUAUUAAGGAUUUAUUUUUUUGGUUCAGAUAAACAUUCCAGCAAAAGGUUGUUGCCCACAAUUUGUUGAAUCUUUUACACCCUACCAUAUUCUCCACACUGUUCUCUAUACAUUUCCUAAGGUGCUGACAAGGAGCAUUUUUUUAAUAAUUAAGAGCUUCUUUAGAUGGUGAUCAAUUCCUUUAUUGUUGUGACCUUGAUGUGUGCUUCAGGGGUUACAUUGUAAUGAAAAAUUAGUUAGUUGUUAUCCUAAAGGUUUAAAGGGUUUAAAGAGGAAGAUAUUACUUCUACAUGCUCCCUCUUAAACUACAUUUUCAUGUUCACAGGUCAUUACCAGACCUAAUGCAGCAAAUUCUAAUUUCCCAUUUCACCUAAGAACCAAUCAGGUAAGACUGGCUUGUUACUUAUGUAAUUAAUUGAGUCACUUUGGAAGAUACCAUUAAGCUAGCACUCCUGGCCCCAGUUGUUCAAAGGGCAGAUAAUGCUAUCCCACAGGUAAAUCGCUAUCCAGUGCAUAAGUGCGAACAAAAUGUAUUGCACUAUCCACUGGAUAGAGAUUUAUCCAGUGGAUAGCAUAAUCUAACCUUCAAACAACCAAGGCCUGAAUUUGUGGGUUUACCGGUAUGUGGUACUUAAUUUCUGCUUGAUUCUACCAUUGAACUACACAAAAAGACUCCAACUUCUUGCCCAUGGGCAUACUGACUACACAUUUGUAUUACAUACAUGUAUUUGAUAAAGUUGGUUCAAGUAUAAUUCAGUUCCAUUAAGGUUUCAUCAGCUCACUUUUUAUUUUUGUCAGCUUAUUUUCUAUAUUCUUCUAGAAUUACUUAAGCACACAGCAUUUUAUUCAUUAGCAUUUGUAUUUACAGCCUAAAUGGCAAUGUGCCAUUCCAAAAAGGGAGACUUUUAAAAGUGUACAAUUGAUAGAGUUAUCAUUACUCUGCAUGUUAUUGUUAGUAAAAUUUUAUGAGCAUGACUUUGUUUACUGCAGGCUAUUUCUUUGUAGAUAUAAUUUUGAAAUAAUGUAAUGAAUUCUUGGAUGUAUUAGUUUGCAAAGUGUUUCUUUAUGGCAUUUUAAAUCUUGAAAUUAAAUGGACACAACUCCAUUACCUUCUAGCCUUGAAUCUCAUCAGUUAUAAAUGAAGAUAUUGCUGUCUAACUAAUCAUUCAUGAUUUUUCAGACACUCUGUCUAUCUAAUCAUUCAUGAUUUUUCAGACACUCUGUCUAUCUGUUCAGGUAUAAGUGUACUGGUACAUAUAUUGUUAACAGUGAAUUGUUAAAUUUGUUUAGAAAACUUGUUAUCUUCCUUAGAAUAACUAUUUCAUGCUUUGAAAAAGACAAAAUUAUGGUGCUACAUCACUUAUUCAAAAAAUGAAAUUAUUUUCUAGAUUGGCAUUCAAGAAGCUGCUCCCUCCAGACCUUCAGAGAAUGGAAUUGCAUACUACACUCCUCCUCUGCCAAAUGCACCCCCUCCUUACUACUCUCAGCAACCAGGUCACUUCACAGACAUCACAUCAAUGUUUUCGGUUGGUGGAGGGGCCAAUGGCAAGGUAAAAAUAUCAGAAUCUUUUAAUGGGAAUUGCUGCUUGAAAACUAGGUCUUUUGCAGCAAUUUUGUCACCAGCCAAGUGGCCAAUUUGCACUUUGCAGUUGGCACUCACUGUGCAAAAGAUUUAGGGCUUAUAAGCAAUUUUAUUAGCUGGAACUGUAUCAUCUAAAUCAAAGAACAUCUCAGCAUUGGUAAAAUUUUAAGUUGCUUUAGUUUACAGUCUUUCAGAUAUCAGAGCUGGGUUAUGCAUGUUUGCCAAUGGACUUAAUCAGGUUUAAGCUAUAAUAGCUACUUCAGCAGAUAACAUAGCACAGAUUGACUGUAAAAUGUGAUACACAAGGCUGUUUACUCUUUAACCAUAUUUGCCCUGCAGGAAAGCAUAAAGAAAACUCUAACCUAUUGCAAAAUAGCUGAAAUCGCAGCUUCAGCUAAAAAUAAAAUGAGCUGGCUUAGAUCAGUAAGAAUACAUAUAGAUCAGCAAAAAUUCCAUUUUUGAGUAGCAUCAGUGAUUAGCAGUGUUAGAAUAGAAAACUAGCAAAACUUAUUCACCAAGGCUUUUAACUCUAGCAGUUUUAUUCCACUUCAGAACAAUGCAUUUGCUAGCUUUAGGGAACAGAAAUGUCCUAUGAAAUAGUGAUUUUCAGGCUCUAAGACUACCCUUUCAAGAAUAUAAGAAUCCAAAGUACUCCUCCCUUGUUUAAUAAUAAAAUCCAUUUGGGUGCUCCUUUUUUACCAGUUGUGAAAUUAUUAUAAUUUUUAAAAAUUUCAUGGUUACUCUUCUGUGGAUGGAAAUCUGGAAUACUGUAUCAGCAUUAUGUAAUAUGCUCGGUGUUAAUUACUUGGAGAUAUAACAUUUCUCUGUAUCUACUUUGCAGCUGCCAUAUCCACCUGCAAAUUCUUCGAAUGGUUUGCAGAAUCCUUAUCCACCCAUGAAUGGAACACAAAAUGGUGGAAUGAAUGGAAUACCAAUGAUGACAAUAAGCCCCAACUGAUCAGUGUCUGCUCAUCAUAGACUGAAUAUUGUAGAUUUGUCUUGUAUAAAAUUGUUUUUCUAUGACUUUGUAAUAUUCAUACUUGGUGUUUUAGACUCAUACGUGUGCCUAGUCAUUCAUGACACAUACCAAGAAUUUAAAAACUGUUUUGGUUUGUUAUUUGUUGUUUGUAAGUGAAAUGUUGUCUGUAAGUUAAAUGUUGUUUGUUUAUAUGAUGAUUUAUUUUUUGUGCUUAUCUUUUUCCCUACAAGUAAACUAUGUUUAGUUAAUCUUUUGUAAAUUUGCAGUGGAAGCUUUUGUGGCAAGUACUCUUACAACUUGGUGGCUUUUCCCACUUGUAGAACCAUUUUCACUACACUUUGAACUACCAUUACAACUCUUUAUUUGCACACUUCCUUGAAAAGAACCCACUAAUAAGCAGAAGUAGGCCUUCCCAGAAGUUAAAAACUGGUUUUCCAUUGAUUUUAAAGUCCUCUAAGUACUCAAGCCUUGUUCACUGGUAGGGGAUAAAUUGUAUUUUAAUCAAUCUGAAUUCCACAUUGUCACUUGUCGCAAUUAUUUCGUAGUUCAUAAAUUACUACAUACAAUUUUCAUGUUUUCCUGGUAGUCAUAAAGUAACAUUCAUUUACUUUUCAAAAUGUUGUGAUGGCUAAUUUUAAAGCAAAGAGUAAAACUUUGCAGACUUCCACAGUUGCAAUAUGGUAAUAAGUAAAUUUAAAGCAUGCAAAAUGGUAUUCAAGUCUAACUUCACCAUGAUAGUUAGCCUGCAGAGCAAGCAUAAUUUUGGCAAGGGAGUGCUCAGUAUUUUCUUGGUGAAAAUUAUAGCUACCAUGAUGGUAGCAUAAGGCUGGGUAGAGAAAGAAAUUUGUACCAAGGAAGUGAGUGACAGUCAAAAGGAAGGAGAGAGGAAUAUGUGGGACAAUAGCCACAAAAAUGUAUCCCAGCUGGACUGUAGGCUAUAAUUUAUGAGGGAAGUUCUUGAAUUUUUACUUUAAAAACUAAUUCACCAAAGUGAAGGUGAAGUGUAGUUGAUAUUCACCAAACUGCAAGGCAGCAAGGUAUAUAUCUGGGGCUUUCAUCAACACUGAGGUGAAUAAUUGUUUUAGUACAUACCUUACAGAAACAAAAUCAUUUCUUUAUUUCUGUCAUUAUACCAAACAAGGGUUAAAAAUUAAACUCUUGAUAUGUUAUCUUGUUUCUUCGGGUGCUCAGAGGUGAAUAGGUACUGGUUUAUCACUUCUGAACUAGCCAAGUGCAAGUGUAAAAAACAAUAUUUCGCCUGACUGUGUGGUAGACACAAGAAGAACUAUUCAAUUUUGCAUUGAUAUGCAUCGUAAUUUCAAAAUUUCUUGUUGUGUUUAAAAAUGUUUAUAGGGCAUUACAAAAUGUUAUAAUGAUUGUUCCUCUUAAUUUAUUGUGAAUUGCUUUGCAAGUUAACGUAAUUUAAAUAGCAGACAACAAGAGAAUUCACUUAGCAUGUAAUAGUUUAACUUCUUGGAAGUUAACUAGGUGAACAAUUUCCACAUUUUGUGUACAUAGUAAAGUAACUUAAAGUUUGGCUUUUAUAAUAAAACUAAUUUUUUAUUCCACAAUGUAGAUAGGAGUUCCAGCUGAAUCCUGAUAAAUUCACUAGUUUAUUUACUAUUGUUCUUACACUCAUCAAGUGCAGCAUGUGUAAGGUAUGUAAUUAUUGUACUUUUCAGCAACAUUGAAUACACAAAAACCAAUAAUUGCUCAUAUGAUGAUAUAUUAAAACAAAAAUUUAAUUUUCAGCUGUUGAUGUAAAUUGUUGCUGUCCAGACACAAAAUUCAAAGAUAAGUUAUGAUAAGAAAGAGAGAAUUCCAUUCAUUAAUUCCUUUUUUUUUUUACUUGCAUGGAAGACUGCCCUGUGUACUUUCUAGAUGAAAAUCUUUGGUAAAUUUUUUACAAUCACUUUGCAACUCUUGAAAUUUGGUAGAUACAUGAUCAUGCAAAGGAAACCAAACUCAAACAGAGCGUUAUUCCAUUGCCACCACUUUUACCUGGGUUACUUAACCCUUUCACUUCCAAGAUCUCAUUGGUAAUUCUCCUUACUGACUGCUGUACAAUUCUUAUGAUUUUAGUUCUAAGAAUUUGUUACUGGAUCAACUGAUAAUCCCCUAAUUGAUAGUUCUCUUUAUUCUCAUCACUGUCUGCUUGAAAUUAUAUGGAUAUUGUUGGGAGAAAUUCUGUCUUGGUCACUCAUGAGAGUUAAAGGGUUAAACAAAAUUAAACCAAUCAUGCUCUAAAAAACAGAAACAUUUAAUUCUGACAGUAUUCAUUUAAGUCAGUUGAUUAUUAGGAAAUAGCAAUUAAUUUAUUUUAGGUGCAAUGUAUUGUAAGUUUUUCUGUAUUCCAAUUGAUCAGUUUUUGAUUGAUUUCAAUUAAACUUUGGAUUAGCAGGAAAGGAUAAGGAAAACAGCCUUGUUUUUAUACACCUUAUACAAAAUAUUUUGGCACUUGAAUUUUUUAAUAGGCUUGUAAGUAUAAAUUUUCUCUAAAGCGUUCACAGGUUACAGUGUUUGUUUGUUUGUUGGAUAUCUUCAUAUAGAAGAUAAUAAGACUGAUGUGUUGGCACAUGGCAUGUUUGUUUCCUGAAAAACCACAGUGAAGAUCUAAGAACCUAAGACAUAGGAUGAUGGAUAGGUUUUGAGAGCAGAAGUUAUUUAUAAUGAUGAAGUUUCUUCUACUUCUCAUGUUUCAGCUGUCUCAUAAAUAUUAAAUUGUAAAUAUGUAACUGCAAUCAUGGAACCGAUUUUUGUAGCCAAAAAAUUUUACUUAAACUACCAAGUAAUAAAGAG